AUGGCUCUUCAGGACGUGUGCAAGUGGCAGGCCCCCGACACUCACGGACCAUCCGUUCGCUUGCCUCAGGCCAGUGGCUGGGCUGUACCCCGGGGCUGCAACCCUCAAACCUUCCUGCAGACCCAUGGUCCCAGGCUGGCUCACGGCACCACCACUCUGGCUUUUCGCUUCCGUCAUGGUGUCAUCGCUGCGGCUGAUACGCGUUCCUCCUGCGGCAGCUAUGUGGCAUGUCCAGCCUCACGGAAGGUCAUUCCUGUGCACCAGCAUCUCCUGGGUACCACCUCUGGAACCUCUGCUGACUGUGCCACGUGGUACCGCGUGCUACGCCGGGAGCUGCGGCUUCGGGAACUGAGGGAAGGCCGGCUGCCCAGUGUGGCAGGCACAGCCAAACUCUUGUCAGCUAUGAUGUCCCGCUAUCGCGGUCUGGAUCUAUGUGUGGCCACCGCCCUGUGUGGCUGGGACCACUCUGGCCCCGCUCUCUUCUAUGUCUACAGUGAUGGCACCUGUCUGCAGGGGGAUGUCUUCUCCGUGGGCUCCGGAUCUCCCUAUGCCUACGGCGUGCUCGACCGCAGCUACCGCUACGACAUGACCAUCCAGGAAGCCUACACCCUGGCCCGCUGUGCUGUGGCCCAUGCCACCCACCGUGACGCGUAUUCAGGGGGCUCAGUGGACCUUUUCCACGUGCGGGAGAGUGGAUGGGAGUAUGUAUCCCGCACUGAUGCCUGCGUGCUGUAUAGGGAACUGCGGGAAGCCGGGGCCUUGGAGCAGGAGCAGGAGCAGGAGGCGAAAGCUACUGAAGUCCAUCCUGAGGCCGCCACGCCACAACAUGCUCGAGACAGUGGAGAGGAGGUGACACCAGAAGACUGCAAGAUAAUAGUGAAGACGGAAACAAUGUAA